CUCCAACGUCAUAACCCAGAACCUGAAGUUCCAAAGGGUUAUCGAACCACGCUCCCACCCAUUACUCCGCCCCCUCGGUCCAGCCUGUGGGGGAUAAAAGUGGUCCUGGACACUGGGAGCAACCACCUGAGCCUGUGAUGUCUUUCCUGACCCUUGUACUCCUGGCCUUCGGAUCUGGGCAGGCACAGGAAGUGACAGAGCCUGUCCUGUUGGAAGGAGAAUGCCUUGUGGUAUGUGAACCUGGCCGGGCAACUGCAGGAGGUCCAGGUGGGGCAGCCCUGGGAGAGGCUCCCCCAGGGCGGGUGGCCUUUGCUGCUGUCCGUAGUCACCAUCAUGAACCAGCUGGAGAAACAGGCAAUGGUACCAGUGGCGCCAUCUACUUUGACCAGGUCCUGGUGAAUGAAGGCAAUGGCUUUGACAGGGCCUCAGGCUCCUUUAUUGCCCCUGUCCGGGGUGUCUACAGUUUCCGGUUCCAUGUGGUGAAGGUAUACAACCGCCAGACGGUUCAGGUAAGCCUGAUGCUGAAUACGUGGCCUGUGAUCUCAGCUUUUGCCAACGACCCUGAUGUGACCCGAGAGGCAGCCACUAGUGCUGUGCUCUUACCCCUGGACCCUGGGGACCGAGUAUCCCUGCGUCUUCGCCGAGGGAAUUUGCUUGGUGGUUGGAAGUUCUCCAGCUUCUCUGGCUUUCUAAUCUUUCCCCUCUGAGGGAAAGUACCACCCUCUCCUCUUGCUAGCCCCACUACUACCCACCUCUUACCCUGACUUCCUUCACUUCCUUUCACCUUCCUUUUCGAAUGCAGGAAUAUCAAGGGACUUUCUUCGAGGGGGACUUUAAUCAGCCCUGGGUCUCUAAUUUUCAUUCAUUUCAACACCAGCAGUAGUAUCCCUGGAGCAGGGAGUAUGACCAUAUAUUCUAUACCCCCAAAUCAUAAUGCAAAUAUGGUCUGAGAAUAGCUAAUCUUUUAGAUAAGUACUGUUAAAAGGCUGCUUUCUCUUCCCAAAAAUUGUCAUCCUACUAAAAAUCCAGGAUAUAUAGCUGACAUAUUCAAAUCCUAUUCUUCUGCAUGGGCACAAGUGCCAAACCCUGCAUAAUAAAUA